CAUCGUUUUCCUAUUAAAAACAAAACAUUAAGUGAAGAGUGGAAGGUAAAAUUAAAAAUAGGAAAACCAAUUACAUCUGCCAUGCAAGUUUGUAGUAAGCAUUUUGAUUCAAGUGAUUACUUUUUACAUGAGUAUUCCUGCGGAACAACAUGAACAUGGUGACGAAAAUACAGAGGUACAAUCGCCUAGUCAAGAUGAAAAUGCCGAUAUCUUGCCGCCUCCACCCACACCAAUUCCAUUUAAACUGAGGGCUAAUCAAGCAGGAAAAAAGACACUUUCACCACGUGUUGUACACGAAAUUUUUUGCAUAGUUUUUCGUUAAAAAAAGUCCGAUAAUUUCAUCACUAUGUAAAAAAAACUUUAUCUAUUAAACCUGACGAUACAUGUGACAUAUUCGGAAAAACUGUAGCGUCUAAAUUAAAAUCAUUACUUAAAGAUCAAAGGAUCUAGGCAGAAAAAUAAUUACUGAAACCUUAUUAAAAGUUGAACUUGGUAACCUAAAUAGACAGUCCGUAACUAAAAUAAAUAACAUUUUAAAUAACGCCUUCCCAAAUUGGCAUCCCAACACUAUUGUAUACUCUCAUGUCUCAAUCGCAGACAUCUCACUACUCUCAAACUCAGAUGUCUUCCCAUUCUCAACCUCCGAUGUCCCCAUACCCACAGUCUCAUUCAUCUCUAAAAAAUAUUCCUCCCACUCAACAACAAAGACAGACACCACUACAAGAGAUACUAGUAGAUAAAGAAGAAACAGCGUUUGAAAGAAGUAAAAAGGUUAUUAGAUCCCCUGAUCAAAGAUCGGCGCCAAGCAUCAACUUAGAAGCGGAACCAGAAAUGGAAGAAAUCAAAAUUUUAAUAAAAACCAUGGCUGAAGAUCUAAAAAAAGAAAUAAAAAACAAUAACGACCAACUAAAGAAAAAUACCGACGAAAUUAUAAACCUGAAGCAAGAAAUGCAAUUAGCACACGAAGAACGGAAAAAAGAAAUGCUCGUAUGGCAAAAAGAGAAAGAAGAAUUACACCAUAAAAUAAAAACGCUAGAAGAAAAAUUUGAAAAACAAGAAAAAUUCGCUAAGCGAAUUAAUGUAGUAAUCAAAGGUAUCGAAAUCAAAGACAAUAUGCAAGAUACAAGAAUGGAAGUAGGAAAGCUAUUCAAAGAAAAAAUGGAGAUAGACGUGAUAAUACAAGAUGUUGUCCCAAUACGGUCGAAACAUAUGGUAAUCGUCAAACUAAGCAACUUUGACAGCAAACUGGAGGUGUUACGCAACAAGAAGAAAAUUGGUGCAGAGAAAAUUUAUAUUGAUAGCGACCUUACAAGUUCUGAACAGAAGAUCCAAGCAGAGAUAAGAAGAAUGGCAAGAGAUAAAAGACGAGACGGCCAUAGGGUUAAAGUUGCUCACCAAAAACUUCAAGUGGAUGCUCAGUGGUACCACUGGGACGAACACAGUCAAUCUAUAUUACCAGAUGGCUCAAAAAACUAAUAUUGCGACCACACAAGGAAUUGACGACGACUAGCAUGCUAACGGACAUGAGUAAUGAUAAUAGAACACAGGCACACACCAGAAAAAAACAAAAAACGAACGAACGACAACAUAAAGCACCAUAAAUUAAACAUUGGAUUUUGGAACCUUAGCGGAAUAAGCAAUCUUUUCAACCUAGACACAACACAAAUUAAUCUUCUCAAAAUCUACGACGUUAUCUGUCUGGUUGAGACAUGGGCAUUAAAUGAAAGUAUAGAACUGCCAAAUGCAUUUAACGAAUAUCACUAGGUACAUAGCGUCUGCUGCUACAAAAGAAAAAAGUAUGGGUCGAGCGAGUGGAGGAUUAGUUAUACUCUACAAACAAUGUAUUCACUUAAAUACAAUCGAAAAAACUAACUUAUGGGUAAUUGCACAAGCUAAGCACGGGAACGGAGAUUUUAUUAUAAUGGCAAAUUACUGGAAGCCAACUGCUGAUAUUGAUUUUUGUACAAAUUGGUUAGAUGAAACGAUAAGAAGUCUAAAGGAAGAGUAUCUCUCAAGCCAACUACUGAUAAUCGGGGAUUUUAAUGCAAGAGUGGGAACUAUGAAUCAAUGGCAAGAGAACUCAAUAACAAAUCCAAAUGUAAGUCACGAACGGAGCACUAGGGACUCAAAGGUCAAUAGAAGAGGACGGAAGCUGAUGGAAAUAAUGGACGCAUACGGAAUGAUUUUACUUAAUGGCCGAACGCAAAGUGAUACACCUGCAGAUUAUACUUACCUAUCGGAAACAGGGAAAAGCGUUAUAGAUUUAGUAUUUGUAGACGACAACACCAUUAAUAACAUCAACGAUAUGACGAUAAUGGAUCUCCUUCAUACUUCAAACCAUAUGCUAGCUGGUAUUGAUGUCGUAUGCCAUUGGGGAGAGGAAGAUUGAACUAAAAGUACUACCUCAAAAGGUAUAACUCCAAUUUCACAAACUGUGUUUAACCGGCCCUCGAUGACUAGCCAGGACUUUGCACAACACAUGGCGAUGUCAAAUAGAAUAUACUUUUUCAAUGACAACACAGAAGCUGUGAGCAAAAACAUCGAGCACGCUUUCAAGGAAACAGCACAAAUAUUAAACUUAACAAAAUCAUUUUCACCUCACUCACGUAAACGAGAUAACAACUGUACUUGGUAUGACGCAACUUGUCGGAAUCUCAAAAAGGAAUGGAAACAGACAUUAAGAAAAUUUAAAAGUGAAAGAACGCAGCAAUUCGUACAAAUCUAUCUAAUGACUAUGCGGAGAUACUUUUCACUGUUAAAACAAAAGAAGCAAGCUUUCAACGACAGAAGGAAGAAAAAAGGUCUGGGAGUAUUUGUGUUCAACAAUUCUACUUUGGAAAUUGUAGAAGAAUAUACUUACCUAGGUAUAACUUUCUCAGCAUCCGGUGUCUUCAAGAAAGCUUGCGAAAGUUUCAUUGAAAAAUCUUCCAGGGCAAUAGCAAGGGUCAAAAGCACUUUAAUAAAAGUAAAAUCGGAAUGCCUUGAAACAAAAACUAGGUUAUUUAAAGCCAUUGUGUCCUCAGUACUACUUUACGGUGCAGAGAUAUGGUCGCUGAGAUAUUUAGAGAUGGUGGAGAGAGUUCAAGUAAAAUAUUAUAAACAAAUAUUUCAUUGGCCAAGCAACACUCCCAACUACAUGGUUAGAAUGGAAACCGGACAGAUACAUCUAAAAAUACAAAUUAUUAAAAAUACUCUCAACCUGUGGGAAAAAAUCUUAAGACUACCCGAACAUAGACUGUUAAAGCAUUCUUACCAUGGCUUACUUAAUCUAGAUAGAAGUUCUCAUAACAAUCCAACAAUGAACUGGGUAACUCAAGUGAAGGAAAUUCUAUUAGAAAUUGGAGAACACUCACUGGUAAAUAAUAUACUUUGCGUCAGAGACAUCACACUACAAAAAGCAAAAGACGACAUACUAGAAAAGGUAACAAACCAAGAAUUGAGUAGGGACGUGGAGUCGGCCAUUACAUCAAAAUAUUCCCCCAUCUACCGUAAUAUUAGCAGUUUAACUAAUAUGGAAGUGUAUAUGACGUUUAAGCUCCCAAUAAAUAAAGUGCGAUUAGUCAGUCAACUAAGAAUUUCAGGCCUAAAAGAAAUUCGGUUCUAUAUAAAUAGAUGUUCGUAUGUGAUUAAUACUGAGUGCUUGUGUACCGUGUGCAAUCUGAAAGAAAACGAAACACUUGAACAUUUCCUGCUGACGUGCCCCAUAUACACCGUGUUGCGCACCCAGUAUCUACAUAGACUUGAACCUCCGCUUACCGUUGAAUCUGUUCUCACAGUAAACAAUGCACAGCAACUGAGUGAUCUCUAUUAUUAUAUUUUUGGCGCCCUUAAAAUAAGAGCUUUUAUUUUUAACGAAUGACUUUCCUUUUUUUUCUGUGA